AUGGAUGCGAUGGACGGUGGAGAUGAAGCGGCGGGAGCGAGAGUCGCCGGUGGAGAUGAAGCAGCGGACGGAGCCUUGAAAGUGCGAGAUGGGAAAGAGGAAGAGGAUGAGGAAGAAGAAGAGGAAGAGGAGGAGGAAGAGGAGGAUGCGGAGGACGAAGAGGAAGACGAGGAGGAAGAGGAGGAGGAAGACGAAGAAGUAGAAGAAGUGGACAUGGAGGAAGGAGAAGAGGAAGAGGAGUUAACGAGCCCCAACUCCCUCACGGACGACGACCCAUCGCCGCGCUUCCUGGACCCCUCAGACCAGUUCCUGGACGUCUUCUCCUCGCUCUCCCUCGAGUCCGCCCCGCCGCUCUUCUGCGCCGCCUCUCUGCCCUUCUCAGGCCAGCUGGCGGAGAUGGAGCGGCUGAUUGGCCCUGUGCUGUACACCGGGUGCUCAGGGGGAGCGGGGGGGAGUGCCGUGGGCACCACUGAUUUCCUUCGCGCGUACUUUCAGCUGGCGGAGAUGGAGCGGCUGAUUGGCCCCGUGCUGUACACGGGGUGCUCCGGGAGCGCCGGGGGGAGUGCGGUCGGCACCACUGAUUUCCUCCGCGCCUACUUCCAGCAUCGUGACCACAGCAUCGUGACCAGGCGUCCCAAGAAGGGGAGUGCCAUGGACGCAAAUGAUCUCCCAGACCAGAGCAUCACGGACCACGCGGUUACCCUAUUCCGCGACUACGUGGUGUCGGCAGGCGGGGCACGGAACCGCAACAUUGAAGCUCUGGCCACCGCCGCCGUGGUGCAGGCCAUGCGCGAGGCUCAGGAGGCGCGCACCCUCCAGGAAGUUUCCCUGGUGGCGGGGAUUGCGGUAAAGGAGCUGGGGAGGAGUUUGAAGGGGUUGAUGGAGGUGCUGCGGCUGCAGCAGCCUGUCAACUCCAACUCUGUGUCCUUCCACAUGCCUCGCUUCGGGUCCAUUCUGCAGCUUCGCAAGUCCACCCAGGUGGGACAGGCUCCCUUCACCUCACUCACUCUGCCUGCGUCUGUUCCCUGUUUCUGUCUCCUCUCUCCAACCUCCUUCCGUUUACCCUCCCCCUCCUCCACCCAUCAGGACCUAGCAACACACGUGGGCGAGGUGGACCUAGCAACGCACGUGGGAGAGGUGGUGAUAUCCAAGUCAUUCUGCACGCGCCGCAACCCCAUCAGCAUCAGCGCUGCAGCCAUCUACCUGGCGUGCCAGCUGGAGGACAAGAGGCGCACGCAGACCGAGAUCUGCAAGGCCACCGGCCUCACAGAGGGUUCAGCAUGUGGGUUUGGAAUCAGCGCUGCAGCCAUCUACCUGGCGUGCCAGCUGGAGGACAAGAGGCGCACGCAGACCGAGAUCUGCAAGGCCACCGGGCUCACAGAGAUGCGUGCAGAGCGGUGCAGUGCUGUGAAAGCAGCCUUCUGCAUGGUGUAA